CUUCCGGACUCUCCUGAGAAUCUAAGCCUUCUAGCGUGAAAAUUAUCCUGUGAAGGCAUGAAGGGAGAAGGUGGGGGAUCAGCCACCAGGUCAUCGGAUAAAGAAAUAGCUUUUUUACUGGGGAGAUUAAAGGCGGGUUGCGGAUGGACUGCCAAGCACACAGACAACUGGCUGGAGCCAUUUCAUGAGCUGAAACAUCUCUCUUCAAUGUGUAAAUGUUCUUUGUUUUGAUGCCCCACAUAAAUCUUUAGGUUCAAGGUUUGUGAUCUAUCAAUAUGCCUAUUAAGAAAUCACCUAUGAUUAAUACAUCUGGAGCAAUAUUUUCCUCUUAUGAAAGAAUCUUGAGGCUUCAUUUUCAAAAUUUAAGGCAAAAAAGAAGUGAUAAAUCAAAGCCACCAUUUUCAAUCACAAACGAAUUCAUCUUGAGAUUCAACCAAACGAAAAAUCCAAAAGAGAAGGAAGAAUUGUUGGACCUAGCUAGAAAACACAUUCUCAGAUGUAAGAGAAAAUUGGGUCUCAAAACUUUGGGCACCGGGAAACAUGUGAAUCUUCCUACUGCAUGGACUGACGUAAUAUAUCUGGCCCAGUGCAAAGGAGCCAUUCAAGAGGAAGCUUUAAAUAUGCUUUAUGCUUCGGUGGACCAUGUUUCCUUCGAUAAUGAUCUUCUACCUGCCUUAUUUUUUGUUGCGGAAUCAGUUUUAUAUAGACUUUGUUGUGAUGCAUUCCUAAAGACUUACUUAUAUUCAGUUGAAAUAAAGCUGACAAAGAUUUGCUAUUUGGUCUUCUUACGACUUUUUAUAUAUUUCCUGCAUGGUCACCUAGAAAGUUUUAAACAACAUUUACUUAGGCUUCAACCAUAUUUAUACGCACUUUCUUUCUCGGGAGAAUCAUAUUACAAGUAUCCAAACAUCUUUUCAAAUGUGCAAUUUGUUCUGAAAACCAUGGAAAUUAUAUGUGAAAGAGAAUUAUUACCUGGAUCAAUUUUUAGCCCUGUGGAAAACAAGAAACGACUUAAGAACAUAGAUUCUGAUAUGGAACACUUGCAAUUUAAUCAGGAAGGAUAUGAAAUUAACCACCUGCUGUGGCACUGUGUUGCUGCCUGGACCUGUGUUCAGAAUAAUAGUCCUCAGCUGAAUAAGGUGCUUGAACAUAUCAUCUGUCAUAAAACACAGCUUCAAAAGAAACGCUGGUUGGAUUCAGUAUUGGCUUUGUUGGUCCUUGGAGAGGCUGCCAAAUUAAACAUGGCCUGCUUGAAAACUUUAAUGGACCUAAUGAGAGAUUUCCUUUUAAGCAUUACAUCUGUUCAGAAAGAGGAAGAAAGCUGCAAGGUAGAAGAUUUUUCCUGGGCCUGGAAUGUAGUCUACAUAUAUACAACAAUUCUUGCAGAAAUCUGCUUGUAUGCAGCCACUUCUAAUCUGCGAAAAAAUGUUUUUGUUGGUUUUUGUGAAUGUAAAAGUUCACAAAAAGAUAUUUUAUCCAUGGACAAACCAAAACAGCCAGAAUUGAGGGAAACUAGUAUUUUAGGUCUUUUGAUCUAUUUCUCUUCAAGAAUGUCAGAUAAUUGUGAACAGGUGACAUGGAUUGGGUACUAUGGCUUAGUUUAUAAUCUGGUGAAAAUGUCAUGGGAACUUCGGGGAGAUGAGGAACAAGAUGGACUCAGAAACCUAAUAUGGCAAACAUUACAGAAAACAAAGGAUCAUGAGGAAGAUGAGCGGAUCCAUAAUGCAGUCAAUAUUGCUAAGGCUGAGUUAAAUGACCCAACGGAUCCGUUUACUAGUUACAGUACAAAAGUUUCAUCAAACGUAGGGGACGAAGUUUUCUCCAAAUAUAUAGGAUGGAGAAUUGCCAGCACGCUUUCCAAAUUAUUCUUCCCCUCCACUGAUGCCAGGAGUCUUCCUUUGAAAAAACCAUUGAUAAAACAGGAUCAAAUGAAAUAUCUGAAUAAAAAGCAGGAUUCCAUGAAGAAAAGAGUUCUACAUUUUACUGUAAGGGAACAUCCUUCUGUAUCCGAAUUCCUCAUGUUUCCAUACCCAGAUUUCUUCACCAAGGGAGAUAAAGAGUUGGCAAGAAUCAUCGACCAUCACUGGCAGAAAGAGCUAAAGAUCCGACAGAAAGAAGAGGCAAUAUGUAAGACUGAAGAAGAUAAAGAUAAACAGUUAGAGGAAAAAAAUCACUUCAGAGAAAUUAUGAAGAGAAGACAAGAGAAACUGCAGAAGCAAACCAAACCCUAUGAGCUUCCUCCUAGGACUGAAGUAAUUUCAUUAGAAAAGAAAAUGCCCCCCCAAAAUUGAUAGCUACGUGUUAAGAAAAUUUUCUUCUAAUUAACUAGAAGCCAUUUCCUAGAGAGAAGUUGUUCGUAUCUUGGUGCAGGCUCUUUAACAGUCAGUCAUAGCUUAGUCCUCAAUUAAUAGUUAGGUCUUAAUCGCAUUUGAGUGAAGUGAUUUUACCAGUGAAACAUCUUCAAGAAUACAGCUCGACUUGUCGUAAUUGACUCAUAUCUUGUGAUCAUACAGCAUAUUUAACCAAUGGUUCUCAAAGUAUUGAUAUUCAUUGGACAGUUAGAUGGAAAUGAAUUGCAAAUUACUGAGUCACAUAUAAGAAUUAGUUCUUGAAAACAGAAUGAGUAUUAACUGAUACUCCCAUAAUUAUUUUACAAAUAAAAGAAGUAAGGCACUUGUUUGGAUUUGUAUUUCAAUGUCAGUCUAUGCCAAAUCAAACGAUAUGUCAGAAGCUUGCUUGUGAUAAAUUACUGUAUAUAUUUGUAAACUAAUCUGGAUGGGCCAGUCAUCUCUGAAAGAGUUGAUCUUUAACAGAUA